CCCCCCCACCUUUCUUGGGUGUCAUUGCAGGAGACACGGGAGUCAUUCCGGAGUGAAACCUCCUGUGGCACUCUGCCACCUACAUGCAAAGGCCGCAGUAGAAUGGGAGGUUGAUAAUGUCGCCGAGACCCACUGCGAGGGUUCCUGCCCGCCGCGGCGGGAGCGUAGCCGGGUCGUCCCCUCCCGCCAGCCCCGGCUGGGUCUGCGUGUAGGCAGGAAGGACAGGCAGCCGCAGCAGCGCCGGGCGAAACCCUUGCGGGGGGGCACCUCAGGGCUUAACAGGGCUUAGGGCAACUCACGAGAUAUCCUGAGGUGACACGAGGACACUGGCAAGUGGUAGGUCCCCAGUCCCAUAAAAAGGCUGGGGACUCCUGGCUUUGAGUGCGCUGCUGCAGGAGUGACCCCGUUGGGAGCAUGCUGUUCUGCUGGCACUGUCACCGCUCAGCACUGCUGGGGCUGACUCAGACCCACUGUCACCCUCACACAGCCGAGAACUCAACAGAGCUCUUGCACCCCCCUCAUGCACCACUUGUUUUCCGGACGUGCUUGAUCCAAGAUUACGCAUGUGGGUCCCCAGAAAACCAAGUGCGCUCUGUACCCCCCCGGAAUGUGGCUUCACAGCAGGGCAGAGCUAGCGCGGAGCCGCGGCGUUCUCGGCGGCAGCGCAGGUGUCGGGAGGCGCGUGCGGUCGCUGGCGAGGCCGGGAGCCGCCGGGGGGAAACCGCCUCCUUCCUGCCCUGGCGGCGAGGCGAGCGCGGGGCUGCAGCUGCGGCAGCAGCGGCAUGUGCCAGAGCCACCGCGAGGGACCGGGCAGCUGGCAGCCCGCCGAGAGCCGGGGGCCUCUGCCACCCCCCGCGGGGGCUCCGAUCAGCCGGGAGGGGAGCGCCCCGAGCGUGGGGCUUUGAGCUUUGCAGGUGCCCGAGCUACAGGUGGUUCCCUGGCUGCUCUUGGUAGGAUGUGGGCUGAAGCCCAUACUCGCCAUCAGGAUGGCUCUUGGCAGGCUGCAGCAGCAGCGUUGGAGCCGCGGGGCAUGCAGGAAGGGCCCCCGCAGGGCAGGUGCUGUGGGGGGGCUGUCUCCCCCCGGGGACAUCCGGGUGGCAGCCCACUGUGGCGAGGUGUGUGACGGCAGAGGCGCAGGCGAGGCUCAUAUUUGGGCACGGAGCAGGUUAUUGGAGGCCGCGGCCCCGCAGCCGGGAGAUGAGGCGCCUGAUAAAGGCUGCCCCGCUGCUGUUGUUGCUGCUGCUGCGUGCAUUGGCUCGGGCGCUGGCGAGAGGUGGCCUGGCUGCGCUGGCUGGGGGCCGGUGGCCAUGGGGCCGCUGGUGGGUCUGGGGCUGCUCGUGUGCGUGCGGCUGUGCGGGGGCUCCGGGGAGCUGCGUCUGGUGGGCGGCGGCGGGCGCUGUGCCGGCCGCGUGGAGGUGAAGCACGGCGGUGAGUGGGGCUCCGUGUGCGUCUUGGGGCGGAACCGGGAAGCUCGGUGGGCCGUGGUGGUGUGCCGGCAGCUGGGCUGUGGCCGGGUGGCCAGGGCGUCCUCGUCCGCCCCGUUCGGGCAGGGCAGCGGGCGGAUCUGGCUGCAGCCCUUCUGCAACGGCACCGAGGAUGAGCUGGAUCACUGUUCACACUUCGGAUGGGGCUGGCAUUUCUGCGGCCACAAGCGGGAUGUGGGGGUGACCUGCACAGAUGCCGUGGAGCUGAGGCUGUCGGGCGGCGGCAAUCCCUGUGUCGGGAGGGUGGAGGUGAAGCUGCAGGGACACUGGGGCUCGGUGGCAGACGACAGCUGGGACAUGGAGGACGCCGAGGUGGUUUGUCAGCAGCUGGGCUGUGGCUCGGCUUCCAGUGCCUAUUUCGCCGUCGAGCGCUUCGAUGUAGGGGACGGGCUCGUCAGCCUGGCCCUGGUGGACUGCAGUGGGAACGAGGCCACGCUCUGGGACUGCGAGAUCCGUGGCUGGGGACCCUAUAACAGCAGCAUCCAUGACUUGGACUCUGCUGUUGUCUGCCAAGGCUUUUCCCAGCUGGUUGGUGGCGAUGGAGCCUGUGCCGGGCGGCUGGAGGUGCGUCAGGGCCGGUCCUGGGUCGGUGUCUGUGAGGAUCAGGUGGACAUGAAGGUGGCCCAGGUGGUGUGCAGGGAGCUGGGCUGCGGUGAGGUGAUUGCGAUGGCCGGCAGUGGCCGUUUUGGGGCAGUGUUGAGAUCGCUCUGGGACGGAGGCUUCCAGUGCAAUGGCACUGCAGUGUGUGCCCGGCGUCCGCCCCAGAGCCAGGGCUGCUCCGGCCCUGCCAGCAUCAUCUGCUCCUCCUACACGGGCUUCCGGCUGGAGAACGGCAGCUCAGGAUGCUCCGGGCGAGUGGAGGUGGCAGUGAGGGGGACGUGGGGCUCGGUGUGCGCCAGCGAGUGGGACCUGGCCGAUGCGCACGUCCUGUGCCGCCACCUGGGCUGCGGCCGCGCCUUCAGCGUGCCCCCGGGAGGCUCCUUCGGCAGCGGGGAGGGGCCGCUGCGGCCGGACGCCUUCGGCUGCAGCGGGAGCGAGCGGCACCCGGGCGAGUGCCCCGUGGCCGUGCUGGGGAAGCCCCCGUGUGCCCCCGGAAACGCAGCCGCCGUCAACUGCUCAGGCACCAUCGAGUCUCUGCGUCUGGUGAAGGGUGAGACUCGGUGCGAGGGGUUUCUGGAGUUGGCCAUAAGCACCGGGGAGUGGCGCCGUGUGCCAGGAGAAGUUUCGCUCCUGUGGAACUUGAGCAAUGUGUGCUUGGAGCUGGGCUGUGGAGGACUGGAGAAGAUUCGUGUUAUCCCUGGGCAGUCCUUCUUGCAGGAUUUCGACCAGAAGGAGCAGGAUAUCUUGAGAAGUGUGGUUGAAACCCUCAAAGGGAUGACCACCGAUCUGCCUAUUAGGACCAUACCUGAGGAUUACUUUGGGUACGGCUACGGGUUCAUGACCACUGCACCAGCUGACAUCCAUCAUGGCACCAACAUUGUCUGCUCAGGCAGCCUGCCGGUGAGGCUGGUGGGGAGCCCUGGGCGCUGUGCCGGGCGUGUGGAGGUCUAUUCCGGGGGCAGCUGGAGCUCGGUCUGCCAGGAAGGCUGGGAGCUGCAGGAUGCGGCCGUUGUGUGCCGGGAGCUGGGCUGUGGCACGGCACUGGAGGCCCCGGGCUGGGCGCGCUUCGGUGCGGGCACGGGGCCGCUGUGGCUGUACAGCCCCGACUGCUCCGGCUCCGAGGAGUCUCUGUGGAAAUGCGGGCGCACGGAACAGCACGAGUGCGGCAGCGGCAACUGGGCAGGGGCUGUCUGCUCAGGUCAGUGCCGGGCAGCCCCAGAUCAGGGCCUGGCAGAGGUCCCUGGGGGUUCCUGGCCGUGCUGUGACCCCCCUGCCCCCCUUACAGAGCAGCUCUCCGUGCGGCUGGCAGGGGGCUCUGGGCGCUGCCGGGGCUUCCUGGAGAUAUUCCAGAACAGCACCUGGAGCCGCGUGUGCGCCAGCGGCACCAGCAACGGCGCCGCCGCCGCCGUCUGCCGCCAGCUGGGCUGUGGGGACAGGGGCUGGCUCUCAGCUGUGCCUGCCCAGGAGCCGACCGACGCCUGGCUGGCCUGGGUGGGCUGUGAGGACGGGGCCCGCUCGCUCUGGCAGUGCCCCUCAGCACCCUGGCACCUGCAGAGCUGCAGCCCAGGCGAGCACGCCCAUGUGGAAUGUGAGGAGGACAGUGGUGACGCCACUGAGGGACACACUAGCCCAUAUCCGGAGGGUGGCACCAGCACAGGAGACGCCAGAAAAACGCGCCUGGCAGUGGCCGUGGGGUCUGUGCCUGUGCCCACUGUGCUGUGCGUGGUGCUGGGGACGCUGCUGUGCCUGUCCCUGUGUGCACUGGCCCUGCUGCUGUGCCGUGCCCGUGCCUGGCGCCGAGGCCCUGGCAGAGCUGCAGAUGCCAUCUCCAACGCUGUCUACGAGGAGCUGGAUUACAAAGCCAUGCCUGUGUACCAGGAGGUGCCCACUCCCCCAGGUUCCCUGUUGGAGGGAUGGGUGAAGAAGCUGCCGUAUGACAGCGGGGACAGCGUGGAGGGGAGUGACACCGAGGAAGCCCCAGAUCAUCCUGCCCAGCCCGAGCAAGGACCCCUGGAUGGCUAUGACGAUGUCCUGGAUGUGUCCCAGGAGUCCGCCGCUGCCAGCACUGGGGACAUGUUUGAGGGAGUGGCACGGCAGAGGUGGAUCUGUGGGCUCCCCACAGGACUUCUCCUAAGGGAUGGGAGGUCUCCUGAAGGAGGGCAGAGCCUUCCUGCCCCCCGGCAGCAGCCCGCGGUGGCAGGGCAGGCGGGCCAUGGCCCCUGCCUGCGGCACAUCGUGCUCCAGGAGGUUGCCGAUGUUGAGGCCCGGCUGCAGCGCCCGGAGGGCGUCCAGUUCGUGCAGCAGGGCCUGGCUGAAUCCGUCCGUGCUCAGCCUGGGCGUGGAGGGGGCAGGAGAAGAGGAGAAGGUGUCCGAGGUUGUGGGGAGGGAGGUGUGAAGCAGGCGCGGUGUGGGUGCGGCCCCGGCUGUGGCGCAGGCUCGGCUGGCCGUGUCGGGAACGGCGGGCUCGGCAGGGGCCGUGUGAGGGCCGUGAGCGAGCGCAGGGUGCUGAGCGGGCAGGCGGGCUGGCCGAGGUGCUGUGAGAGCGGGAGGAGGGCGUGGGCUACCAGCAGCAGCGUCUUCUUGGACCCUGUGCUGCUGGGCAGGGCAGAGUCCGUGGCCUCGGUGGUCGGGCCAAGGAAACCAGACCCAACCCACGAAGCGAUGGGCCAGGCCCAGACAGGGGGACCAAAGCCCCCAAACCUGGCGGUGGGCGGGGAGGGGGCCCUGGGGGCUGCCUCGGGACCGCCCGAAAAAUUCGGGGUGGGGUCCAGGCUGGACGCAGGCGCCGCGACAGUCGCUGCUGGAGGCGGCGGGGACGCACAAAGCAGCAACGCCGCGGUCUCUCUCGGUUCCGGACGGGGCGGUUCCGGCGCGGGCUCUGCCGCUGCGGGAGGGUGUGGCGGACUGAUCACGGGCGCCGCGGCAGGUGCCGCCGAAGGCGGGGCCACGGGGGCCCGCGGGUGGUUCCGCCGCCUGGUCGCCGUCCUCAGCGUUUCCUUGAAUUGGAGGCGGCGGUGGCGGCUCCGCUGUCCCAGCUUCAACAUUUCCCGCCGCGGCAGCAGACGCGGGCGGGGCCGCCGCAGUCGGAGCCAUCGCGGGCUGUGCUGGAGGGGCGGUGGCGGGCGGGGCCGGUGGGGCGUCCUCAGGCUGGGAGGCAGCGAGGGGCGGUGCCAGAGGCGGCACGGCCACCGCCGGGGCGGGGGGCAGGUCCCUCAGUGCCGGGAGGGGCAGAAGAGGCGGUUCCUGGGCAUGCUGCAGGGACGCGCGGCAGGCGGGCUGCAGGGGCCCGGAGCGGCGGGGCAGGGGCGGCGGAGCCGCGGCGUUCUCGGCGGCAGCGCAGGUGUCGGGGGGCGCGUGCGGUCGCUGGCGAGGCCGGGAGCCGCCGGGGGGAAACCGCCUCCUUCCUGCCCUGGCGGCGAGGCGAGCGCGGGGCUGCAGCUGCGGCAGCAGCGCCAUGUGCCAGAGCCACCGCGAGGGACCGGGCAGCUGGCAGCUCGCCGAGAGCCGGGGGCCUCUGCCACCCCCCUCGGGGGCUCCGAGCAUCCGGGAGGGGAGCGCCCCGAGCGAUGUGGGCUGAAGCCCGUGCUCGCCAUCAGGAUGGCUCUUGGCAGGCUGCAGCAGCAGCGUUGGAGCCGCGGGGCAUGCAGGAAGGGCCCCCGCAGGGCAGGUGCUGUGGGGGGGCUGUCUCCCCCCGGGGACAUCCGGGUGGCAGCCCACUGUGGCGAGGUGUGUGACGGCAGAGGCGCAGAUGAGGCGCCUGAUAAAGGCUGCCCCGGUGCUGCUGCUGCUGCUGCUGCUGCUUCGUGCACUGGCUCGGGCGCUGGCGAGAGGUGGCCUGGCUUCGCUGGCUGGGGGCCGGUGGCCAUGGGGCCGCUGGUGGCUCUGGGGCUGCUCGUGUGCGUGCGGCUGUGCGGGGGCUCCGGGGAGCUGCGUCUGGUGGGCGGCGGCGGGCGCUGUGCCGGCCGCGUGGAGGUGAAGCACGGCGGUGAGUGGGGCUCCGUGUGCGCCUUCGACUUCGACUGGGAGGCUCGCUGGGCCGUGGUGGUGUGCCGGCAGCUGGGCUGUGGCCGGGUGGCCAGGGCGUCCCUGCACGCCCCGUUCGGGCAGGGCAGCGGGCGGAUCUGGCUGCAGCCCUUCUUCUGCCGCGGAACCGAGGAUGAGCUGGAUCACUGUUCACACUUCGGCUGGGGACGGCAUUUCUGCGGCCACGAGCGGGAUGUGGGGGUGACCUGCACAGAUGCCGUGGAGCUGAGGCUGUCGGGCGGCAGCAGUCCCUGUGCCGGGAGGUUGGAGGUGAAGCUGCAGGGACACUGGGGCUCGGUGGCAGACGACAACUGGGACAUGGAGGACGCCGAGGUGGUUUGUCAGCAGCUGGGCUGUGGCUCGGCUUCCAUAGCCUCCUCCGCCCUUGAGCCCUUUGGGGUAGGGGAAGGGCUCGUCAGCCUGGCCCUGGUGGACUGCAGUGGGAACGAGGCCACGCUCUGGGACUGCGAGAUCCGUGGCUGGGGACCCUAUAACAGCAGCAUCCAUGGUUUGGAUACUGCCGUUGUCUGCCAAGGCUUUUCCCAGCUGGUUGGUGGCAAUGGAGCCUGUGUCGGGCGUCUGGAGGUGCGUCAGGGCCGGUCCUGGGUCGGUGUCUGUGAGGAUCAGGUGGACAUGAAGGUGGCCCAGGUGGUGUGCAGGGAGCUGGGCUGUGGUGAGGUGAUCGCAAUGGCCGGCAGUGGCCGUUUUGGGGCAGUGUCGGGAUCGCUCUGGGACGGGGGCUUCCAGUGCAAUGGCACUGAGCCCCUGCUCAGUGCCUGUGCCCGGCGUCCAUCCCAGAGCCAGGACUGCUCCGGCCCUGCCAGCGUCAUCUGCUCCUCCUACACGGGCUUCCGGCUGGAGAACGGCAGCUCGGGAUGCUCCGGGCGAGUGGAGGUGGCAGUGAGGGGGACGUGGGGCUCGGUGUGCGCCAGCGAGUGGGACCUGGCCGAUGCGCACGUCCUGUGCCGCCACCUGGGCUGCGGCCGCGCCUUCAGCGUGCCCCCGGGAGGCUCCUUCGGCAGCGGGGAGGGGCCGCUGCGGCCGGACGCAUUCGGCUGCAGCGGGAGCGAGCGGCACCCGGGCGAGUGCCCCGUGGCCAUGCUGGGGAAGCCCCCGUGUGCCCCCAGAAACGCUGCCGCCGUCAACUGCUCAGGCACCAUCGAGUCUCUGCGUCUGGUGAAGGGUGAGACUCGGUGCGAGGGGUUUCUGGAAUUGGCCAUAAGCACCGGGGAGUGGCGCCGUGUGCCAGGAGAAGUUUCGCUCCUGUGGAACUUGAGCAAUGUGUGCUUGGAGCUGGGCUGUGGAGGACUGGAGAAGAUUCGUGUUAUCCCUGGGCAGUCCUUCUUGCAGGAUUUCGACCAGAAGGAGCAGGAUAUCUUGAGAAGUGUGGUUGAAACCCUCAAAGGGAUGACCACCGAUCUGCCUAUUAGGACCAUACCUGAGGAUUACUUUGGGUACGGCUACAGGUUCAUGACCACUGCACCAGCUGACAUCCAUCAUGGCACCAACAUUGUCUGCUCAGGCAGCCUGCCGGUGAGGCUGGUGGGGAGCCCUGGGCGCUGUGCCGGGCGUGUGGAGGUCUAUUCCGGGGGCAGCUGGAGCUCGGUCUGCCAGGAAGGCUGGGAGCUGCAGGAUGCGGCCGUUGUGUGCCGGGAGCUGGGCUGUGGCACGGCACUGGAGGCCCCGGGCUGGGCGCGCUUCGGUGCGGGCACGGGGCCGCUGUGGCUGUACAGCCCCGACUGCUCCAGCUCCGAGGAGUCUCUGUGGAAAUGCGGGCGCACGGAACAGCACGAGUGCGGCAGCGGCAACUGGGCAGGGGCUGUCUGCUCAGAGCAGCUCUUCGUGCAGCUGGCAGGGGGCUUUGGGCGCUGCCGGGGCUUCCUGGAGAUAUUCCAGAACAGCACCUGGAGCCGCGUGUGCGCCAACGGCACCAGCAACGGCACCGCCGCCGCCGUCUGCCGCCAGCUGGGCUGUGGGGACAGGGGCCGGCUCUCGGCUGUGCCUGCCCAGGAGCUGACCGACACCUGGCUGGCCUGGGUGGGCUGUGAGGACGGGGCCCGCUCGCUCUGGCAGUGCCCCUCAGCACCCUGGCACCUGCAGAGCUGCAGCCCAGGCGAGCACGCCCAUGUGGAGUGUGAGGAGGACAGUGGUGACGCCACUGAGGGACACACUAGCCCAUAUCCGGAGGGUGGCACCAGCACAGGUGUCCCCAGAAGAACGCCCCCAGCAGUGGCCGUGGGGUCUGUGCCUGUGUCCACUGUGCUGUGCGUGGUGCUGGGGACGCUGCUGUGCCUGUCCCUGGGUGCCCUGGCCCUGCUGCUGUGCCGUGCCCGUGCCUGGCGCCGAGGCCCUGGCAGAGCUGCAGAUGCCAUCUCCAAUGCUACCUACGAAGAGCUGGAUUACAAAGCCAUACCUGAGUACCAGGAGGUACCCACUCCCCCAGGUUCCCAGUUGGAGGGAUGGGUGAAGAAGCUGCCGUAUGACAGCGGGGACAGCUUGGAGGGGAGUGACACCGAGGCAGCCGCAGAUCCCCCUGCCCAGCUCGAUCAAGGAACCCCAGAUGGCUAUGACGAUGUCCUGGAUGUGUCCCAGGAGUCCUCCGCUGCCAGCACUGGGGACAUGUUUGAGCGAGUGGCACGGCAGAGGUGGAUCUGUGGGCUCCCCACAGGAGCCACUGGAGACCCUUCGGAACAGAUCCCAGAGCACAUGGACUAUGAUGAUCAGCCCGCGGUGGCAGGGCAGGCGGGCCAUGGCCCCUGCCUGCGGCACAUCGUGCUCCAGGAGGUUGCCGAUGUUGAGGCCCGGCUGCAGCGCCCGGAGGGCGUCCAGUUCGUGCAGCAGGGCCUGGCUGAAUCCGUCCGUGCUCAGCCUGGGCGUGGAGGGGGCAGGAGAAGAGGAGAAGGUGUCCGAGGUUGUGGGGAGGGAGGUGUGAAGCAGGCGCGUUGUGGGUGCGGCCCCGGCUGUGGCGCAGGCUCGGCUGGCCGUGUCGGGAACGGCGGGCUCGGCAGGGGCCGUGUGAGGGCCGUGAGCGAGCGCAGGGUGCUGAGCGGGCAGGCGGGCUGGCCGAGGUGCUGUGAGAGCGGGAGGAGGAGGUGGGCUACCAGCAGCAGCGUCUUCUUGGACCCUGUGCUGCUGGGCAGGGCGGAGUCCGUGGCCUCGGUGGUCGGGCCAAGGAAACCAGACCCGACCCACGAAGCGGUGGGCCAGGCCCAGACGGGGGGACCAAAGCCGGGCGGGGAGGGGGCCCUGGGGGCUGCUUCGGGACCGCCCGAAAAAUUCGGGGUGGGGUCCAGGCUGGACGCAGGCGCCGCGACAGUCGCUGCUGGAGGCGGCGGGGACGCACAAAGCAGCAACGCCGCGGUCUCUCUCGGUUCCGGACGGGGCGGUUCCGGCGCGGGCUCUGCCGCUGCGGGAGGGGGUGGCGGACUGAUCACGGGCGCCGCGGCAGGUGCCGCCGAAGGCGGGGCCACGGGGGCCCGCGGGGUGGUUCCGCCGCCUGGUCGCCGUCCUCAGCGUUUCCUUGAAUUGGAGGCGGCGGUGGCGGCUCCGCUGUCCCAGCUUCAACAUUUCCCGCCGCGGCAGCAGACGCGGGCGGGGCCGCCGCAGUCGGAGCCAUCGCGGGCUGUGCUGGAGGGGCGGUGGCGGGCGGGGCCGGUGGGGCGUCCUCAGGCUGGGAGGCAGCGAGGGGCGGUGCCAGAGGCGGCACGGCCACCGCCGGGGCGGGGGGCAGGCGGGCUGCAGGGGCCCGGAGCGGCGGGGCAGGGGCGGCGGAGCCGCGGCGUUCUCGGCGGCAGCGCAGGUGUCGGGAGGCGCGUGCGGUCGCUGGCGAGGCCGGGAGCCGCCGGGGGGAAACCGCCUCCUUCCUGCCCUGGCGGCGAGGCGAGCGCGGGGCCGCAGCUGCGGCAGCAGCGCCAUGUGCCAGAGCCACCGCGAGGGACCGGGCAGCUGGCAGCUCGCCGAGAGCCGGGGGCCUCUGCCACCCCCCUCGGGGGCUCCGAGCAUCCGGGAGGGGAGCGCCCCGAGCGUGGGGCUUUGAGCUUUGCAGGCUGCCCCGGUGCUGCUGCUGCUGCGUGCAUUGGCUCGGGCGCUGGCGAGAGGUGGCCUGGCUGCGCUGGCUGGGGGCCGGUGGCCAUGGGGCCGCUGGUGGCUGUGGGGCUGCUCGUGUGCGUGCGGCUGUCCGGGGGCUCCGGGGAGCUGCGUCUGGUGGGCGGCGGCGGGCGCUGUGCCGGCCGCGUGGAGGUGAAGCACGGCGGUGAGUGGGGCUCCGUGUGCGCCUUCGACUUCGACUGGGAGGCUCGCUGGGCCGUGGUGGUGUGCCGGCAGCUGGGCUGUGGCCGGGUGGCCAGGGCGUCCCUGCACGCCCCGUUCGGGCAGGGCAGCGGGCGGAUCUGGCUGCAGCCCUUCUUCAACGGCACUGAGGAUGAGCUGAAGGAUUGUUCACACUUCGGAUGGGGCUGGCAUUUCUGUGGCCACGAGCGGGAUGUGGGGGUGACCUGCACAGAUGCCGUGGAGCUGAGGCUGUCGGGUGGCGGCAAUCCCUGUGCCGGGAGGGUGGAGGUGAAGCUGCAGGGACACUGGGGCUCGGUGGCAGACGACAACUGGGACAUGGAGGACGCCGAGGUGGUUUGUCAGCAGCUGGGCUGUGGUUCGUCUUCUGCUACGUACUUCGCCCUCGAGCGCUUUGGCGUGGGGGAAGGGCUCGUCAGCCUGGCCCUGGUGGACUGCAGUGGGGACGAGGCCACGCUCUGGGACUGCGAGAUCCGUGGCUGGGGACCCUAUAGCAGCAGCAUCCAUGGUUUGGAUACUGCCGUUGUUUGCCAAGGCUUUUCCCAGCUGGUUGGUGGCAAUGGAGCCUGUGCUGGGCAUCUGGAGGUGCGUCAGGGCCGGUCCUGGGUCGGUGUCUGUGAGGAUCAGGUGGACAUGAAGGUGGCCCAGGUGGUGUGCAGGGAGCUGGGCUGCGGUGAGGUGAUCGCAAUGGCCGGCAGUGGCCGUUUUGGGGCAGUGUCGAGAUCGCUCUGGGACGGAGGCUUCCAGUGCAAUGGCACCGAGCCCCUGCUCAGUGCCUGUGCCCGGCGUCCGCCCCAGAGCCAGGGCUGCACCCGCCCUGCCAGCAUCAUCUGCUCCUCUUACACGGGCUUCCGGCUGGAGAACGGCAGCUCGGGAUGCUCCGGGCGAGUGGAGGUGGCAGUGAGGGGGACGUGGGGCUCGGUGUGCGCCAGCGAGUGGGACCUGGCCGAUGCACACGUCCUGUGCCGCCACCUGGGCUGCGGCCGCGCCUUCAGCGUGCCCCCGGGAGGCUCCUUCGGCAGCGGGGAGGGGCCGCUGUGGCCGGAUGCCUUCAGCUGCAGCGGGAGCGAGCGGCACCCGGGCGAGUGCCCUGUGGCCGUGCUGGGGAAGCCCCCGUGCCCCGGAAACGCCGCUGCUGUCAACUGCUCAGGCACCGUCGAGACUCUGCGGCUGGUGAAGGGUGAGACUCGGUGUGAGGGGUUUCUGGAGUUGGCCAUAAGCACCCGGGAGUGGCGCCGUGUGCCAGGAGAGGUUUCGCUCCUGCGGAAUUUGAGCAAUGUGUGCUUGGUUCUGGGCUGUGGAGAACUGGAGAAGAGUCUUGUUGUCCGUGGGCAGUCCUACCUGCAGGAUAUAGACCAGAAUGAGUGGGAUAUCUUGGAAAUGGUGAUCAAAACCAUCAAGAGGAUGACCACUGAUCUGGCCACUAGGACCAUAGAUGAGUAUUAUUUUUGGGCCUACUACAGGUACAUGACCACUGCACCAGCUGACAUCCGUCAUGGCACAGACAUUUUCUGUUCAGGCAGCCUGCAGGUGAGGCUGGUGGGGAGCCCUGGGCGCUGUGCCGGGCGUGUGGAGGUCUAUUCCGGGGGCAGCUGGAGCUCGGUCUGCCAGGAAGGCUGGGAGCUGCAGGAUGCGGCCGUUGUGUGCCAGGAGCUGGGCUGUGGCACGGCACUGGAGGCCCCGGGCUGGGCGCGCUUCAGUUCGGGCACGGGGCCGCUGUGGCCGUACAGCCCCGACUGCUCCGGCUCCGAGGAGUCUCUGUGGAAAUGCGGGCGCAUGGAACAGCACGAGUGCGGGAGCGGCAACUGGGCAGGGGCCGUCUGCUCAGAGCAGCUCUCCGUGCGGCUGGCAGGGGGCCCUGGGCGCUGCCGGGGCUUUCUGGAGGUCUCCUACAAUGGAACCUGGGGCCGCGUGUGCGCCAGCGGCACCAGCAACGGCGCCGCCGCCGCCGUCUGCCGCCAGCUGGGCUGUGGGGACAGGGGCCGGCUCUCGGCUGUGCCUGCCCAGGAGCCGACCGACGCCUGGCUGGCCUGGGUGGGCUGUGAGGACGGGGCCCGCUCGCUCUGGCAGUGCCCCUCAGCACCCUGGCACCUGCAGAGCUGCAGCCCAGGCGAGCACGCCCAUGUGGAGUGUGAAAAAGACAGUGGUGGCACCACUGAGGGACACACUAGCCCAUGUCCGGAGGGUGGCACCAGCACAGGUAGCUCUGCCCGUGCCUGCAUACCCCUCAUCAGGCUGGCUGGGAUCGCCCUCCCCUCACUACCUAACUGUGUCCCCACAGGAGACGCCAGAAAAACGCGCCUAGCAGUGGCCGUGGGGUCUGUGCCUGUGCCCACUGUGCUGUGCGUGGUGCUGGGGACGCUGCUGUGCCUGUCCCUGUGUGCACUGGCCCUGCUGCUGUGUCGUGUCCGUGCCUGGCGCCGAGGCCCUGGCAGAGCUGCAGAUGCCAUCUCCAACGCUGUCUACGAGGAGCUGGAUUACAAAGCCAUACCUGAGUACCAGGAGGUACCCACUCCCCCAGGUUCCCUGUUGGAGGGAUGGAUGAAGAAGCUGCCGUAUGACAGCGGGGACAGCGUGGAGGGGAGUGACACAGAGGAAGCCCCAGAUCCCCCUGCCCAGCCCGAGAAAGGACCCCUGGAUGGCUAUGACGUCCUGGAUGUGCCACAGGAGCCCCCCACUGCCAGCACUGGGGACAUCUCCGAGGCAGUGGCACAGCAGAGGUGGAUCUGUGUGCUCCCCACAGGUGGGAUUUACUCCCCUCCAAGUACUGCAGGAGCCACCAGGAACCAGUUGGAGCAGAUCCCUGGGCACAUGGACUAUGAUGAUAUUGGCAGCAGCGCCCUGGGGACGUUGCAAUGAGGAUGUCCUGGCCAUGCCACAGCCCCAGGGACAUGUGUGUGGCAGUGUGGCAGGGCCCUGUCCCUAGGAAGAGCUGGCUCUGCCCACAGAGAUCAGCCCUCACUGUCCCGUGGUGGAGGAAAACAGCUCCUGUGUAGGAAUUUUCUUGGAUUUAAGAGUGAAUUUCCAUUUUUUCCUAUUAAAAACCAAACUGGUCAGAGACUCA